CACGCGGAGAGGUGAGGAAAAGGAGAGAACGCACGCGGCCGCGGGAGGAAAGAAAGGCACGAUCUCGCCACAUUCUCGCGCCGCGCAAGUUCGUCGUUCGCAUCAGAAUUUUGCAGCGGCGAACAACACCAUAUUCAUCCAUCUUGUUCGUCGUUCUUGCAUCAGAAUUUUGCAAUGACGAACGCCACACUUUCACCCACCAAAUCUCGAGACGAUUGCUGCGACGCAGCGGCGCAUAUGGCAAUUACUAUGGGGCCAGGCGGAAAGCGCGUCUUUGAUGGUGAGUCCUUCCCAGAUAUCACUAUGGAGGAGGCCAGGAAACACUCUCCAACUUCAUUCGUGAUGCAGUUUGGGUGCAUGGCUCCAUUGGCUGUUGUGGAGAAGGGUGCCGAGCUCUACGUACACCGACUACAAGAGCCAACACGUCCCUGUGCUGCUGAAUACAAAAAGGCGCACAUAGCCAAAGCGGUUAAAGCUAGGGAAGAAAGAAACGACCUGAUGCUUAAAGCCCGCAAAAUGCUAGGUGGCUUGGAGCAGCUUCAGGUUACUUCCACGCCAAAAGAGCGUGUUCAGGCUCUCGAACACCAGAAAGUUGAUCUCCUGAAUGAGCUUGAUAAAGCUGCUUAUGUUCUGUCUUGGUCGGUGCGCAACGCUCGAUCUAGAAAAAAUGCUAAUGCACUGCGUAACUCUAAGAGGAAGCGUAGUCAAAUUAAGAAGAUGAGAGCUCAACUGAGCCAUGCUGUUACCCAAGCUGACAUGCCAUUACAGGAGGAAGGAUCAGAAUAUCCUGACCCUGUAGUUGAACCUUAUAUGGUUUUUCCAAAUCCUCUGAUCACUCAGCCUCAUGAGUUGAAAGAGUCUGUGCGCUAA